GAUGCCCCGAGCGGGCGUAUUUUGGAAACAAUACCGCGCGGUGCACAGUGGCCUCCUCCCGCGCCAGCCAGCCAGCUGCCGCCGCCGCCCCUGCCCGCGCCUCCCGCCACCCGCCGCAGCCCGGUGAGCGCGCGGGCGGCCGGGGCCGGCCGGAGUUGGAUCGCACCUCCUCGGGGAAGUGGGGAGAGGAGUCGUGCUGCGCAUGGGGGCCCGGGAAGGGUUGGGCUGCGGGCGUCUAGGGUGACCAUGAAGGACUGGAGCGCUUGGGUGCGGGAACGGGGUGCAGAACCCUCAUCUAGGUGCGCUGCUCCACCAGGGAACUUGGGGGUAGUAGCAUUUCAGACAGUAAGGAGUUGGGUCCAGGUGGACAGGGAACCUGCGGUUCACUGCUGAGCAGACCUGGGCUCCCGAGAACGGCCCGGCCUCUGGAUCUGACUUUGGGGUAGGACAGGGAGUUGUGGGGCGUCCAGCCUCCCUGCGGAGUCUGAAGGCUCCUCUCCUUAACAGCUGGGCUCUUUCCCUCCUUCCCAAUUGAGUCUGGGCGCCAAGCCCCCGAGUGCUCGUCACGCUGGACCCUGGCGCGGAGCCCUGGCAUCACGACUCGGAGGCCGAGACUCUCUCCUGGAGUCACCCAGGUCUGCUGUGUGUCGUGUGGGUGCGUGAGUGUGUAUGCAUGUAUGUGUGCGUUCCGAGAUUUUAACUCCUAUCGAGGUUCAGAGUGCCUGGCUAAGCACUUCUCCUGGGAGGAGGAGUCUUAAGUUCAGCAUCCCAGUUACAGCCCUUGGGGGCUGGGACGGCUCCAGCGGGCUUUGAUUCCCCUUGCUAGGAAUAAAGCCUUCCCGGGCUGUGCUCUCAAGAAGUGUGAUCCUCCUACCAGUUUGGACAUCACCCCCUCAGCUCAGGCGAAGGGGAGAAGAGGGUCUCCUUACCGCAUCCCGGUUUACACUUGACUUUGCCCAGCACCCCUCGGGAGGCUCCCGCGUACAGAAGAGCCACCUGCAGUUCCUGUGGAGAAUGGGUAGGGUCCCCAGGGCUUGCAGAGACACACCCUAUGGCUGCAUUUCCCCACAGUCCAGUCCAGGCAAGGGUUGAACUUUGGGGCUUUGCUGGGAGGGGGAGGGGGAGGUGACCGGCUUCAAAGGAAAAACCAAGACAAUGACUGCUGCUUGUGAUUGGCUUUGGAGGGCCCCUUCUUAGGCUGGGAUUGCCAGCUUGGGGAGAGAAGCCUGAAGGGCUGGAGGUGAGCCCCUGCCAGGUGACUGGCAAGACAGCACUUGGUCCUUUCAGCCAGAAACUUUGUUUCCUGGUGCUGAUAAGCUGAAGAUCUCCUACCCUCCUUUGGGAAACACUUUCCAAAGAACAGCGUGUGCCUGUUUUGCCAUCCAAGCGGGGGUCUCCUCACUCACCAGGGAAGAGGGCAGAGAUGGGGUCAUAGAUAGCUCACGGAUAGUUGGGAUGGAGGGAGGGUUGAAGCAAGCACCUCAGAGAGAGCUUGCAUUUAGGGAAGCCAAGAUUUUCUGAAUUUAAAAGAUUUUAUUUAUUUAUUUGAGAGAGAGAGAAUGAGAGAGAGCACAUGAGAGUGGGGAGGGUCAGAGGGAGAAGCAGACUCCCUGCCGAGCAGGGAGCCCGAUGCGGGACUCGAUCCUGGGACUCCAGGAUCAUGACCUGAGCCAGAGGCAGUCGCUUAACCAACUGAGCCACCCAGGCGCCCCAGAUUUUCUGAAUUUAAGUGAGAUGCCUUUAAGUACUUUACCAACCCACAGACCAUUUGGCUUGUUCUUCAAAGGCAAGAGACUGGGAGACAGAAUUCCCAGGGGAUAUCUAAUUGAAUCUGGCAGUGACAAACAGUAUCUCUCUGUAUCCUUAACCAUUCAGGUAGUUGCUGCUUCUGGCUGCCCAGGGACUCUUAACAGGUUCCUGGGUGUGUGUGUGUGUGUGUGUGUGUGUGUGUGUGUGUGUGUGUAGGGGGCUGUGUUGGGAGCCCAAGAUGCUGGCCGGCUCCAAGCUUAGAUUUCCAAGAGCCAUCAGGUGGAGCAAGAGGAACUUCUUCAUGACCAAGAAACUCGUAUCGACAACCUGAGUAGUACAGAGGCGGUGAGUGAGGUCACAGAAAGAGGGCUGAAUUUCACUUCCUUCUGUGAGGAAGGUUACACCAGUCUCAGGUUCAACGCUGACAGGAAUGCUGGGCUGUGGGGAAAGAAGAUUGAAGUCAUGGACACCAGUGAGUAGGCUGAGCUGGGGGAGGCUGGCCACAUGCUAGAUGUUGGACCUACCCUCUCGGCCAAGCUGUGGUGGACAGACAGCUCUCCUCUGCUGGGAGGGCAACGAUUAACUUGGGUCUUUCUGCCCUCUCUCCCAGGACACGCUUACCACACCGUGGAGCCUGUUUGUUGUGUUGAGCAAGCAGGGGGUGGAGACUAGAGUAGAUGGGCAUCUGGGCGGGGCUUAGCAGGUUUGGAGGGAACCUGGCUGCCCUCUGAUUGCUGGCUUUUGUUUUUGCUGCUCAGCUGGGAGCUCAGCUCAGACUGAGAGGAGAGCUGGCUGGUUACUCCUCAGGGCAGUGAGUGAGUGAGUGAGUGUGUGUGUGUGUGUGUGUGUGUGUGUGUGGUGAGCACUGUGUGUACAGCCAGUCACAGCACCCUCUGCCCUCCCACAGCCACUCACAGGGUCUAGUCUUGUUGACAUUUCCCCAGGUGUCCUGCAUGCUUGUAGCAGUUGAUCAUACCCCUGCUAUUGCUCAGAGUCAAUAGCAGUCAGACUUCGUGACCAGAACCAGCCUGGGUCAGAAGAAAAGGCCAAGGGGAGAUGGAUCCGCCUCAGUGUGUGGAGGAGCUAGAGGAUGAUGUGUUCCAGCCAGACGACGGGGAGCCGGGGACGCAGCCUGGGAGCUUGCUCUCUGCUGACCUGUUUGCCCAGAGCCAGCUGGACUGCCCCCUCAGCCGUCUGCAUCUCUUCCCUCUCACCCACUGCUGUGGCCCUGGGCUUCGACCCACCAGCCAGGAAGACAAGGCCACCCAGACCCUCAGUCCAGCCUCCCCGAGUCAGGGUGUCAUGCUGCCUUGUGGGGUGACCCAAGAACCCCAGCGACUCUUUUAUGGCAAUGCUGGCUACCGGCUCCCUCUCCCGGCCAGUUUCCCUGCAGGCUUGCCCCUUGGGGGGCAGCCCCCUGAAGGGCAGUGGCAGCAUCGAGCAGAGGUACAGAUUGCCCGAAAGCUUCAGUGCAUUGCAGACCAGUUCCAUCGGCUUCACAUGCAGCAACACCAGCAAAACCAAAAUCGAAUGUGGUGGCAGAUCCUCCUCUUCCUACACAACCUCGCUUUGAAUGCUGAUGAGAACAGGAAUGGGGCAGGUCCCAGGUGAGGCUGGGCUGCCCUCUUUGUAUGGGGCACCCACCGCAGGAAGGACAUCGGCGAGGACUGACACUGUGUCUUGUGAAGUUUGUUCAUUGCUGUUUUGCGUUUGCAUUUUCCAAGUUUCUCUCUGUGUACAUAAGACAUACCCCAAGCGGGGCCUCUUUCCCUGUUCAGGACCUCGACCAGGAAUGAGGGCCUUUGUCAAACACUGUUGAAGUUGAGGCUGAUAGGUCUGUGAUGUGGGACCUCCCAAGGGCUCUGACAAGUCUUCAGUGAGCUGUUGUUGAAGAUGACCAGGUAGUGAUGUUCUCCAGCGAGUGGACUGUAGUUUUCCCACAGGAGCUUGGUUAAGAACUAGGAGACUGGAUUAGACUCCUGGUCCCGCCAGCGCUCUCUUGGCCUUCAACCGUGGUCGGGCCCGAGAUCUGCCAGUCACACUGCUUUCAUCCCCCAGGGCCUCGGCCAGGGGCUUUCCAGCUGAGCAUGGCAACUUCCACUAAGGCCAGUCAGCCAGCUCCAUAUCUGGGUUCUCCUUUGGCCCAGCCAGUGCCUGCCCCAAGGGCUCAGGGAUUCUCGCCCAGCUCCUGUCAUCUCCAGCAGACCUCAGGGAGGGUUGGGUUUCUACAAGGACCCCUCAAACGUGCCGCAAAAUGAACCAAACUUCUGGGUAGGCCUCGAGUCUUACUUGCUCCCACUCGGAGGCCCCAGGAUUGGUCCCGAGGUGCAGGACCACUGUCACCUCUGGGUGCCUGGGACUGGCCUGGGUGUCCACCACAGAUGAGCCAAAUAGCCAAGGAACGGGCCAUAGCCAGCAGCUUGUGCCUUCGUCAGCUCUUCUUUGAAAAGACCCAGCCAACAGACUGCUUUCCUCCCCCAAUAUCAGCACUCUGGGGCACACAUGGGGCAGGAUUACCGUGGGGCUGGGAAAUGUGGUGGCCAUCCCACCUGUGAGAGUCAGCCCGAGAGGAACCCAGACCCCUUGGUUUCCUUGGAAACAACAUACCUCCUCCCGCUUAUCCCCAUUCCUUUUUCACACCUAGUGGGAUACAGGAAGAAGCCAGCGCCAUGGCUUUGUCAGCUGAACCGUGUCUUUUGGAGUAACAGACAAUGAUUAGAGCGUGCAACCGUCAAAGCUGGGUACACAUUUCCUGGCUUCCUUCAGCUUCCAGCUAGGCCAGAAGGGCGUGCUCGGGAGCUCAGCAGGCUCGCAGCUGCCUCUGAACUUCCCUUCUCUCCCUGCUGUGGCACUAAUGGAGAGAAUUUAAGGCAGCCAGGCUGGCAGCUCUGAAAGCAGAUGCGGGGAAUCUGAAAAGACACAGGGAAUCUGCUAACCAGAUACAUAGAAAUUAAAUUAUAAUUUUUGCCUAUGUAAGAAAAGAUAACAUUGGUGCUAACAUGAAGCAAGGCCCAAAGAAAAGGUGGCUUCCCUGGGCAGAGAAGACCUCAGGGCUACCCAAGGAAAUUGGAGGAGUCCAAGUAGACUCUCAAAUCUAAACAAGCCCAAGCUCCUCCAGUUCUACAGACAGGAGGUCUUCAGGAAGCAUUAAUCUACUGGAUGUACAGUUGGGCAGGUUGUUCACUGCACAAGGGCACCUGCCGAAGAAGGUAAUGGAAGUCAAAUCCAGCUCAUGCUAUGCCCACUAGGCUAUAUGCCCUAAUUUGGGGCUACGUCUGCUCAGAGGAAGGGGUGCCUUUCCUAAUUUGCAUGAAGGUGCCAUAUGGGCUCAGUGGCCCCAAGGUGAAAGACCUCAAACUGUACAUUAGCCUUUGUUUUGUUCUGCUUGGAUGUUCUGGAGGUAUUACCUCUUCUUGGCUAGAAUUGUAUUCUCAGGGUGUGUACCAUGGUUUGUCUGCUAAGAAGAUGGGUUCCUGCUUACAAGGAGGAGCCCAGGGAACAGGUGAAGACCAGCUCCGGGACACGCUGACCCUUGUGAAAUGCAGCCUUCUUUGCGUGUCUCCACACCAUUUUAGGACGUGCAUUGGACAUGUGCCAUUUUCCCCUCUCCUGGACCAAGGCAGUGACAGGCAGGUGGUGUAUGCUUGAGUGGCACACAAGAAAACCAGGAUUAUUUCUGCCAGCCACUUUGAACCCCUCUUAGCGGACUUCUGAGUGAGCUGAGUGAGAGAACAAAUAAAUGGUCCAGGGCCUCAACACUGAGGCAAAGCCAUCAGCUUCAGAAAUCUUGCCAGGCCCAGGCAGGAUGUCCUGUGGCCUGCCCCAAGAACUGAGCCCAGAGUUUGACAAGCCCACCUGAACACUGAGCCUGGGCCCAGAUGGAGGGUGGUCUGACUGCACUGUCUCCAUCUUAUGGGAAGCCAGGAACUAACUCACUAUCCUAAGCCAGCUGGGGCACAGUUUAAAACCCCCUCCUUCUCCCUUUUCCCCAAAACACCCAGGAGGUAAAUAGCUCCUGGAAGAAGAGAGGUUCCUUCUGGCUGGCUGGUUUUAAUUGGCCUAGUGAUCUAGACUGGCCCCUGCCCCCUCUGUCUGGUGAGUUGGUCUGAACAUUCCUCAAGUCCAGCCUCAGGAGACACAUCCCUCUCCCUGGGCCCCCAUCCCCCAUCCCCCACCCCCGGGAGCUUGGCUGUCUCUAGUUAGGGGGUGGAGAAUCAGAUUUGGAGGGAGGGAGACUCUGACCUGGCUCCUGACCUGUAACCAGCUGAAGACUUGUGGAGUUUUUGUGGUUUGCUGAGGGUGAGGGGUGGGAGAAGGGCUGGAAACCUCCCUCUUAUUAUAGAAAAGCCCCAGAGGGAGGAAGCCUGGUAGUCAGGGUCAAAAGAGCCCUUCAGUUCAGAACCCUAGAGUUUCUGGAAGCUGGUAGACAGAACUAGGGAGAGAACCCCACUCAGGCCAGACAGCUGACUCCCUCAGUGAGUCGAAGGACCCGGCGUGGCCUCCCUGCCUUUGCCUGCUUCAAAGUUUGGGCUGCUGGAGGGCUGUCCCCAUGGCCUUUUCUUGCUCAGUGCAAGGGAGAGAAAGAUCACCUCCCAGUGACCUCCCCAAGCCCUGAGGGGUGUGGGUCCAUGUCUAGAGCUUAUGUGGCAGGCAUGCUCCAAACAGUCAGAGGGGCCCAGCUGACUUGUCUCACUGUCCCCAGUGGCCCAGCCUCAUCCAUGGGGUGGCUCCAGCCUGGGCAUAGAAGGGGGGGAGCAGUGUUGUUUGGGAUGGUCCAGCCACGGCCUCCAGUGGGGGCUGGGGAGCCACUGCGCCUGCCCCGGUCAGUAAGUAGCCCACUGAGAGCUGGCAAGCUUGUGCCAUUUGGUGGACUUGAUGAAGAGGGGGUAUGGAGAGUGGAGAGCAGCAAAAACAAAAAGACUUCUGCCUCCAGGGCUCUGCGGGGCUUCUGGGAAUCAACGUUCAGCCUGGGCUGCAGGAAGCUGCAGGGCCUUCCGGGUGCAGGCAAAUCCUUGGUGGGACGCUGGACCUUGGCUGGGCUUGGUCCAGGAAAGGGUUAACUUACCUGCCCUCGAAGCCUCCUGGGCACACUGUGGGCAGGGGCACCUCGGCUGGUGGGGACUUGGAGCUUUGAGGGAAUAACACAGAAAGCCGAGCUCUUCCAAAGAUGCACCAGCCUUGCAGGCCACGGGAGCUGGGAGCCGGCACCCGGGUCUGCCCUGCCCCCUUCUCUGCAUGGGUGGCCAGCACCUCUCCCUGUUCUGUGAGCAUCGCCCAGUGGGCCGCCCCAUCCCUGGGUCCACAGGGGCUGUCAGGGGGAGACCCAGUGAGAAUGUAGCAUUUUGUUUAGCCCAGGUUAGCUGUCCUGGGUUCUAGGCACUCUGCCUCUGGGAGAGAGACAGGGAAAGAGAGGGAGGGAAAUGGGGACCCAUUGUUUUUUAACCUGUACAGAAUACUUGGCUUUCUGUUCUUCACAUGCAUAUGUGUGUGUGUAUAUUCUCCCCCAUCAAUUGGUACAAUUUUUAAUAAAACCAUUUAAAGCAAA